AUAAAUACCAUUCUUGAUAGCCCGUACAUAACUAGCCAUUUAGUUAGAUGUCUUAGUUUCGAACUGUUUAUUGAGGAUCGUAUCAUAUUUUAAAUUAAGUCAGAGAAAUUAGCAGCAGUCCAUUUGAGCCAAAAAACCGGAUGCUGACAGCUAUUCGGCCCAUGUUGGACAAGUCUGUGGAACUGCUGUCUGCUCCCAGUCACACCCUUGUGUGUUACUGGACACUGCUGGGUCAGUGUCUCUUGAGUGAUAAGCCGUUUUUAAAUAUUCACAGUUAAUAAUUCGUUGUAACGUCGUGGCGGCAUGCCUGCAUUUGGUAUAGAUCUUUUGAUUCGGGUGUGAAGGGAACGUUUGGAAGGGAUAUGACUGACUCAUCGUCACCAUGGCCCGGUCCGGUCAGAGGAGAUAACACUUGACCCUCUGUGUGCUGCUCUGCCUCCCAGACAAGUUGCUCCCUAGCAAGGAAAGUUGUUUUGGUUCAAAGUAUUUGCAACGAUUUUCACAAUUCCAUCCAACGUGGGACAAUGGCUUCUCAGAUGUACACUUUUGUUACCCGGGACGACAACAGCACCAUUUAUGCAGAAGUUUCCAAAAUCCUCCUUUCUACUGGGCAGUGGAAGAGGCUGAAAAGAGAUAACCCCAGAUUCAAUUUGAUGCUUGGAGAACGGAAUCGUCUACCAUAUGGGCGUCUAGGUCAUGAACCAGGACUGGUACAGCUGGUCAAUUACUACAGAGGGGCAGACAAGCUUUGCAGGAAGGCGUCUUUGGUCAAGCUAAUAAAGACCAGCCCAGAGCUCUCUGAUGCAUCCAACUGGUUCCCGGAAUCCUACAUCAUCUAUCCCACCAACCUCAACACUCCUGUGGCUCCUGCGACAAAUGGUCUCAGCCAUCUGAAGAGCAAUCCCAAGACGGAUGAGCGAGAAGUUUUCUUGGCAUCUUAUCAUUCCAAAAAAGAAAGUGGAGAGGGGACUGUGUGGAUAGCCAAGUCAUCUGCUGGAGCUAAAGGUGCUGGUAUUCUGAUAUCACACGAUGCAAACCAACUACUGCAAUACAUUGACAAUCAAGGACAGGUUCAUGUUAUUCAGAAGUACCUGGAGAAACCUUUACUUCUGCAGCCUGGACAUCGCAAGUUUGACAUCAGGAGCUGGGUCCUUGUGGACCACCAUUACAACAUCUAUUUGUAUCGGGAGGGCGUGCUGCGGACUUCCUCCGAGCCGUACAACAGCUCUGACCUCCAAGACAUGACCAGCCACCUGACCAACCACUGCAUCCAGAAGGAGCACUCCCAGAACUACGGUCGCUAUGAGGAAGGCAACGAGAUGUUCUUUGACGAGUUUCGUCUGUACCUGCUCAACACUCACAAUGUCACCCUGGAGUCCACCAUAUUACCUCAGAUCAAGCAAAUCAUCAAGAGCUGUUUGUCAUGCAUUGAACCAGCGAUCAGCACCAAGCAUCUUUCCUACCAGAGCUUUCAGCUGUUUGGAUUCGACUUCAUGGUGGACGUGAACUUCAAAGUGUGGCUCAUUGAGAUCAACGGAGCACCAGCCUGUGCACAGAAGCUGUACCCUGAGCUUUGUCAAGGCAUUGUGGAUGUCGCCAUUUCCAGUGUCUUUACCCUGAACAAUAGUGGUGACUGUUCGUCUUCGCCUUAUUCUUCCUCUCCAUCCUCCCUGUUCUCGACCAACGUUUGCUCCUCACCCAAACUGAGAGGGCCGCUUCACAUUGGCCCUUUUACUCGACUUUAAGCACAAGGCCAAUCACCCUCCCUUGUCGUCUCUGCUGAAGGAGAAGCAAAGGCCAUCAAAUUGUAAUCUCAGCAUUUAUUGUCCCUCGUUUGUCACGCAUGUGUGUAUUCGAUCUGCAGAUGGUGUACUCUUUGUUGAUUUGAAAAGCAAAACAAAAUGAAGAGGUGCCAACCAUUCUGUGAGUGUCCUUUACAGCCAAGAAUUCUUACUUUGCUCCCCGACAGAUAGUUAGGAGUCUUGAGAAAGUGUAGCUGCUCAAGAUUAAACUUGUGCCUUACAUCUCCAGCCGUGAAACUGCCAACGUAACAACCCACCAAUUUGUGUUGGGAGGUGCACGUUGGCAAUACAUUCAGCAGAGGGAGAUAGUGAGCAGGGAGGAGAUCUAGGUUACUGCAACUUUAUCCAGUGAACUACUCGCACUGGUUCCAGUUAAAUUGAACUGUCCGUUAUUUCAUCAACCAAGUACUGAUUUUUUUUUCCCUUUAGACAUAUUAGUAAUUAGCCGGAAUAUAAUAUUGUUGGUUUCCUAUUCCUAAUCUAUUUUAGUCUUCAAUGUUUGCUUCUGAUAUAUUCUUAGUUGUUAUUGUUUGUCAAAGGUCAACAAUUUAUUUAAUUUUAACUCACUCACUCUUUUCGUUUAUUCUACAGAAUGGAGAUUGGGCCUGUGGGCACCUUCAAUAAGAAUAUCUGGAUUAGUCAUAGAAACCACUGUGUUUCAGAUUUAUUUAUGAAUAACAAAAUAUAAGUAAUCCCGUGUUCAUUAGAACGGCCCCGUUGUAGCUGAAAAGAUGAAAGAUGAAAAAGCUGUUGUGUAAUCAUAGCUAGGCUUUUCAUGUUAUUUUGCUGACAAGUUGGUAAAAAUUGUUUUGUAUGUUCUGUUUUAGCAAAAAUGUUGAUUGCUUUCCCCAAACCCCCCGAAGGCAAAAGGUGUCUGAGAGGAGAUUUUGUGCGUGUGUGUAUUUUCUUUUAAAAAGCAUUUGUGUCCCCUUAAAUUGGUCUAUAUUUCUUUGUCAAUAAAACCUUACAUUUAAAUGUUUUUUUUAAUUGUACAUCAUGAUUUCAUGUUUGUUUCACUGUUUUAUAUAUCUUCUUCCCAACCAAAGAUGAAAUGCUGUAUGUUAAAUGGAUUCUCAAGUCAUGUGCUUCAAUCUGAAUAAGUCAAUGAGCUGAUCUGAAAUUGAGCGUCAUCGAAGGAUGUGGUGUUGUGUUUUCGUUUGCUGGUGUGAUUUUUCAAAUGUUGCAUGGUCGUGUGUCUAACUGUAUUACAGAAUAAAAACAUGAUCCCCGCA